AUGCAGAAGCAUUUCAUUAGAAUUCUUGUACUUUCUGUGCUUGUGACCGCAGCACAUUGUGGACCCGUUUUGAUUUGGCAUGCUGAAGUCCAACCGAAAUCUGUGUUUCCAAGAAUAAGUCAACAUGAAUUUAUUAACGAAAUAAAACCAUUACUGGAGACGAAGAUGGUCGCAGCCUUUCUAUAUAAAAAGCUAACCUUAAAGAGUUUCCGUUGCGAAGGCUGUUUCCCAUAUCUAAGUCAACAAACACAGGCAUACUUCUAUGCUAAUGUUGAGAGACCUGAAAAAGCUCUUUUAACUCUAAAUGUCACAGCACAUUUAAAGGCUACCAACGAAGGAAAUUUGGAUGCUCCUUUAUCGUGUAGAGUUGGGACGUUAUAUACGAUCUCUUUGGAUGUAUUAAGCAGAGCGCAAAAUCCAAUGAGAAGUUGUGAUGAUGUCAUAAAAGCUAUAACGGAGGCCUCAGGCUGCGGAGACGUUGCCUACUUGUUCUUGGGUACCCAAGGCGAAUCAGAUGAACCAAUCGGUCACCUCCACCAACACAAUCAGCUUUCAUUUUAUUUCACGGAAUUUCAGACGCAAACGGCAGAUGAAGUAGAAACUAUAUAUUUGCAGAGCAUGAACGUGUCCGGCGUGGAUCCCAUUUUAACAGUUGAAUUUCAAGCGAAUAACACAAAUGCAUCGCUGACCUUCAGUGUACUACUUAGCAAUGGUUACUUUGAGAUAAAAUCAUUUAAAUACAACGAAACACAAUAUUACGUAACUGAUCUAUAUGCACCGCAAACCUCAUCGUAUUCAUGUGGUAAAAUAUCACUCCAUAAUGAUAAGGAGGCAAUUAUAUUAAAAAGGGUGCAAUUGCAAUAUGAUAAAGACACACGUGUUGGUGAUUUCAGGUUUAAGGAUGCCUGGACAUGUGAAGCCUUCACAUCACCUGCCAUUAUAUCUGGUAUUUUUAUCACUGCCAUCCUUCUCACUGCUCUGUCCGUCGGUAUUGGUAUGCUGAUGAGUGUGCAGUCACCAACUAAGUUCGAAUCGACAACCGGACGUAAUCUCUACAUACACGUUAGAGAUUGA